AUGUCUUCCACCCGGAGUCUAAUGCGCUUUAUGCGCAGGAGCGGCCAAUUGCCCGUACACGACUUUCUAGCUCCCGCCCUCUUCGCACCCAACCGGCGUUGUCUUUCAUCAACAGCCCAGAAGGGCGCGGCUCAAGCGCAAGAUGCCUCUGCCAACUCGAAUGCGCAGAAACCUAAGCGCAAGCCCCUGACAAAGGAGCAACGCGAGUUCCUGUCCUCGGCGCUGCGCGUUAACCAAGCCGGCGAGCUCGCCGCCACCCUCAUCUACACAGCCCAGACGCCGCCCAUGGUGAACGCGCACCCGCACCUCCGGCCCCUCAUGCGGCACAUGUACGAGCAGGAGGCCGGCCACCUGGACACCUUCAACUCGCUCAUCGCCAAGCACCGCGUGCGGCCCACGGCCCUGUACCCCGUGUGGUCGGUCCUGGCGACCGGGCUCGGCUGGGGCACCGCCGUGCUAGGCCGCGAGGCCGCCAUGGCCUGCACCGAGGCCGUGGAGACCGAGAUCGGGACGCACUACAACGAGCAGAUCCGGACCCUGCUCGAGAUGUUCCAGCAGUGGGAGGCCGAGGGGUAUGAGGUCGGGGACGAGCUGAGAGAGCUAGUCGGCACGCUGAGGCGCAUACGGGACGAAGAGCUCGAGCACCUGGACCACGCUGUCGAGCACGAUGCGAGGAAGGCCGAGCCGCACUGGCUGCUGACCGGGGUCAUCAGGGCCGGUUGCAGAGGCGCUAUAUGGGCCAGUGAGCGCAUUUAA